AUUAUUGUAACAUAUUUAUCGUUUUGCCGCCACAAAAAAUAAGUUGAAAUCUCGAAUAAUAAAUAAAUAUUAUUUACAAUGCCCGCAGAUCAAAUUCAAUACUCUGAAAAGUAUUUUGAUGACAAAUUUGAGUACAGGCACGUAAUUCUGCCGCCUGACUUGGCCAAGCAUGUUCCCAAAUCGCAUUUAAUGACGGAAACGGAAUGGCGCAAUCUAGGUGUUCAACAAAGUCCUGGCUGGGUGCACUACAUGAUGCAUGCGCCAGAGCCGCAUGUAAUCCUAUUUCGCCGCAAACACGUCGAGGAAGAGGCAUCCACAUCGCAACCGACAGCGGCCAACAAUGUCAAUGUUUGCGCAUAAUUGGACGAACUAAUGGAAGACGCAGACGAGGCAGAGGCUAGUAGAUUUGGCAUCGAGAAUUGUUAAUGUUAAACAGUAUUCAAUAAGAUUGGGAGUUUAUCAUCAGUAACCUUGAUGUAAAAUAUGUUUACAAUAGGAUAAGGACACACACAUUUUGAUACAUUGUUACAAUUAUAGCCCUAAGUUAUUUGUGGCCAUUCAGUCACACAUAUUUAAAAAGUC